GUUCGCUGGAGCAACAGGUGUUAUUUUCUACCGUGUGUUCCAAGAAAUGUUGAGCGUAGUGAGAUAAUCGAAAAGUUACUCUAUUAGUUAUUUCUUCUCAGUAAAUUUGAGUUGUGGGCAAAGCUGAUAUGAUCCUUGAACUUUUACUGCCGUGAUAUAUAGUUAUAUUAAAUCCUGAAAACUGAAUGAACUCCCGGCACCUGACUUUACGAAGACGUUACUCGUUGGCAGAAAAGUGACAAGACUUCAGUCGUACUCGCAGAUGUAAUCAAGUCACGAAUCGCGAUUACCGCGUAGGUCAAAAUCAUGUAGGCUACCUACAAACAUCCGAGUGUUUACAUCGUGAUGAAAAUCGGUGCAAUUCUCUCUUCUAAAAGAUAUCCAGGUUUUCAGAUGGUAUACAAGCAUAAACAGAUGUGAUGAGCGGAAGUAUCGGAAGUAAUGCCAUGCCUGGGAAUGGCCUGGUUUCACUGCCGUCUCAGUCUCACAUGAACCAAGCUCUAACUGACGCUUCGUUCAUGCAUGACAGUGGUCUCGGAGGCAGCUUUGUGAGCAGUACAAGUAGUAGCAGUCGGGGCAGCUAUGGUGGUAGUAGUCUGAGCGACCGAGCAAGUGUGAGUAGCAGCUCACAAAGCGGUGGUAGUGGAGGCAUUGGUAAUUUGGGGAUACCACAUCUGCCGGUGAGCGCCACUUCUACUGGAUAUAAUCCAGGGUUUUACUAUAGUGAAGGUGGCGCGUACAGAGGACCUAAUUCACCUGGAUCUGUGAACCACGUAGCUUCACUAGUGAGCAAACCAACGUUUGGGAUCUCCAAUAACAUCGGAGAAGCGUCAAUUCCGGGACUCGGUAUUCCUGUGCCCAGUUCUCCCCAUCAUGCUGCCCAUAACAACGCUGGAAACUCCAGGAUGUACGACGCCAGCGUCCCCAUGUCCAAUAAUAUGUGUGGUCGGGACGUUUGUCCCGAUCUUCUCCUCAGAAGUCCUAGCGUAGACCACAUGCGUCGAGAUUUUCCCCACAGCCGAAGUGGUAGCAUUGAUGCCAAUCGAAAUGAUUAUCCGCAUCACAGGAGUGGCAGCAUCGACACUAGUAGAAAUGAUAUGCAGCAUCUAAGAUGCGGUAGCAUAGACACGACUAGAAAUGACUUGCAGCAUCUAAGGAGUGGCAGCAUAGAUACGACUAGAAACGACUUGCAGCAUCUUAGGGGUGGCAGCAUAGAGACGACUAGAAACGACUUGCAUCAUGCAAGGAGUGGCAGCAUCGACGCGACUAGGAACGACUUCCUGCACAACAGGAACGGCAGUAUAGACGCCACUCGCAACAGCGUGCCGCACUUACGCGGCGGAAGUAACAUGGAUCCUAACAACAUGAGAGGCGAAUACCCGCACCCUCGCAGCGGCAGCAUCGACAGCACAUACAGAAGCAACUAUCACCUGAGAACUGACAGCGCUGAUGCUAUGGGAAGACCCACAGACUUCAGGAGAAGCGGCAGCAUUGAUGCUCCUGCUGGUAGGAAUGACCACCUUUGCCGUAGGACAUCGGAUAGUGUCAUCAGCGAAGACCAGCCCAGGUCCUAUGGGGUUGUGGCAUCGGCUGAGGGCGGAGGAGACACUUCGGAUGAAGUCCUGAGGGAGUCGUUCAUGGUGAAGCGGUCACAGAACAGAAGUCGCUUCGGACCCACCAACUGGCGGGAGCGGUGGUUCGUUUUGACGGCUGCGCACAUCAUCUAUUACGACGGCGACCGACAGAGUGGACGUAAGAAGGAGAAAGGUCGAGUAGACUUGUCGAGCGUGGAGUGCGUGGAGCGCGUUGACGAGAGCGUCUUCGACAGGGACAACGUCUUCCAGGUCGGUCACGUCAUCGAUGGUGCCGAGAGCUGCACGCUCUACGUGGAGGCCGCCACAUGUCCAGUCGAGGCAGGGGCCAAGGCGCGACCGCAGCUGGGGGGAGGAAAGAAGGUCGUUGAUCUGAAUCCAGUGGUUGAUAGUGUUGAAGGAUUUGAUGAGGACCAGCGCAGUGAGGAUGUUCCUGUGAGCGGGUCUUUUUCUGGUUCAGACCGUAAAUGA